AUGUCGCAUUUCUUCCCGCCGCUGGUGCGCAAGGUCCACUGCGAAGAGGCGCAGGCCGAACCCUCCAAGUCCGCGUCGCCCCAGCAGCUCAGCGGCCACGGCUACUACAUCGUCCCGCAUCUCCCCGGCGAGGGCAAGUUUGUCGUCAAUGCAAAGGUCUACUCGCGUCCCGAUGCCGCGCAACAGUUCCAGAGCCACCUGGAGCGCUUCCGGGCCGAGGUGUCGCAGUCGGCCCCGGGCAUGCUCUCGUACAAGACGUCGACGGUGCGCGGCGCCACCGAUGCAGAGAACCUCAUCUGCCACGAGCUCUUCAUCUCCGACGACCUCGACCCGCACCCGCUGCCCGGCAAGACGCCCGAGCAGGAGGCCCACGAGAAGCUCGCCGAGAUCCAGCACGAGAAGCGCGAAAAGCCCGUCAAGAGCGCCCUGACCGAGGUGGCCAAGUCGGCCUACAACUUUGGCCUCGGCGGCAUCGCCGGCGCCACGGGCGCCACGCUCGUCUACCCCAUCGACCUGGUCAAGACCCGCAUGCAGAACCAGAGGUCGUCGGUCGUCGGUGAGCCGCUCAUGUACAAAAACUCGAUCGACUGCGUCAAAAAGGUGUUCCGCAACGAGGGCUUCCUGGGCUUCUACUCUGGCCUGGGCCCGCAGCUGCUGGGCGUGGCGCCGGAAAAGGCCAUCAAGCUGACGGUCAACGACCUGGUGCGCGGCAAGGCGCGGGAUCCGAUCACGGGCAGCAUCACGCUGCCGUGGGAGCUCGUGGCCGGUGGCACCGCCGGCGGCUGCCAGGUCGUCUUCACCAACCCGCUCGAGAUUGUCAAGAUCCGGCUGCAGGUGGCGGGCGAGAUUGCCAAGGCCGAGGGCGGCGACCGGGUGGCGCGCGGCGCGGUCCACAUUGUGCGCCAGCUGGGCCUGGUGGGCCUGUACAAGGGCGCCACGGCGUGCCUGCUGCGCGAUAUCCCGUUCAGCGCCAUCUACUUCCCCGCCUACGCCCACCUCAAGAAGGACACGUUUGGCGAGGGCCGCAACGGCAAGAAGCUGUCGUUUGGCGAGACGCUGGCGUCUGCGGCCAUCGCGGGCAUGCCCGCGGCGUUUCUGACGACGCCGGCCGACGUGAUCAAGACGCGGCUGCAGGUCGAGGCGAGAAAGGGGCAGGCGACGUACAAGGGCAUCACCGACUGCUUUGCCAAGGUGCUCAAGGACGAGGGGCCCAAGGCGUUUUUCAAGGGGAGCCUGGCGCGGGUGCUGCGGUCGAGCCCGCAGUUUGGCGCCACGCUGGUGGCGUACGAGUACCUGCAGGCGCUGCUGCCGUAUCCGUUUGAGGACAAGGACGCGCUGCCCGACACGCUGCGCGACGGCGUGCCCGGCGAGGACCCGUCGAGGACGCACGCCAGGCGCGCGCUCCAGCUGCUGCUCGAGAUGCACGAGGACUUUGGCAGGCCCCCGGCGGCCUCGUCGGCCAAGUAG